CAGUGAAUAUUUAUUCUUUCAGCCUGUGAGUUAUAUGAAAGUUGAAGAAAUGUUACAAGUGCCUGAUAAUUUUCGUCGGUAUGUGAAGCGAGAACGCUGUGAUGUUUGUGAAACUCCUAUAAGACAGUUAAAACAAGAAGCUGUUGCUAUGAUACAGUCCAUCCAAAAAGCCCAAAGUGCCUCAUCUGUUCCUGCAAAUAUACCUGCUUUAGUUGGAUCCUAUAAUAUAGGUGCACAUCAACGUAAUCAUCAAUCCAACAGAUAUUUAUCACGGACAUCAAAAAGUAGUCAGUACAGUUCAUGUGUGUCGUCUGGUAUACCAUUAGCAGCUCAAGCACAGGCUUAUCUUGAACAAAAUGCACAAUCCUGGUUAAAUCCUGUUAAUCGACAUAAUCAGGUCAUUAAUGCUAGAACGAGUGGACAUGACAGGAUUUAUAUGGAGUUGAAACAAGAAAUAGACAUGGGAUCCCAUGGAUGUUCAUCUCUCACAAGAAUACAACAUGGCAGUCAAGCAAGAUGUAACUCACCUGCUGAGAUUGGAAUGGAGGAUAAUAACAUUUUCUCUAGGGCUGCUCAGAAAAUCAGUAAAAAGAAAAAGCGUCAUCAGCCACCUGAUCCCGAACCACCACCAUUUCCAACUAAUUUUUGUGACAUCAUCCGUUCAUCACCUCCACCUGCUCCACCAUGUUUAGCUCGAGGUCUGGGACGAUUACUCAAUCCUGGUGCUGGAAAGGUAAGGGUGAUGUUAAAGAUAUGUUCUCCUAUAGUUCCUGGACAGCAAGAACAAGGACGAAGUUUUCUAACCAUCGACCCCCGCCGUAAACAAGUGACGGUACAUGACCCGACUGCUAGUGGAUAUAUGACGUCAGCCAGUCGAAGAUCUGCUGUGGCCGCCCCUAAGAUGUUUGCUUUUGAUGGAAUCUUUUCUCCAGACGAUUCUUUGCCUGAAGUAUGUGCUGGCAGUCUUUCUGACAUUUUACAAUCUGUUGUUAGUGGUGCUGAUGGCUGCCUGUUUAGUUACGGACAUUCAAAACUUGGUAAAUCCUUUACAAUGGUAGGAAAAGAUCAUUCACCACAGACUCUAGGAGUAAUACCUUGUGCUAUAGCCUGGUUAUUUAAAUUAAUCAGUGAUCAGAAAGAAACGACAGGAGCAAGGUUUUCUGUCAGAGUUUCGGCUGUAGAAGUUUCAGGAGCACAAGAAAUAUUAAAAGAUCUAUUGGUGGACUUCAGUAAAGGGGUGGAUGGUUGUGAGUCAAAUGGUGUCUAUUUAAGAGAAGAUCCUAUUUGUGGAACCCAACUAGAAAAUCAAAGCGAACUACGAGCUCCAAAUGCUGAAAGGGCAGCUUUCUAUUUUGAUGCUGCCUUGGCUGCUAGAAAUAAAAAUGUGGAGGAAGAUGGACGAUCAUCUCAUUUGUUAUUUACCCUACAUGUCUAUCAAUAUAGAAUAGAAAAAGCCAACAGAGCCGGAUUACCUGGUGUUGCUGGAGGGCGAAGUCGUCUACAUCUGAUUGAUUUAGGAAGUACAGCCAGAUCUAAAGAUCCAAAAAACACUUCUCUUAGUUUAUCUGCCCUUGGUAACAUCAUCAUGGCUCUACUUAAUGGACAACGACAUUUACCACACAGGGACAGUAAAAUAGCUCAGUUACUACGAGAUUCACUUGGUAAUACAACAUGUCGAACAUGUAUUAUAGUUCAUGUAUCAUCAGCCUUACCUCAUCACGCAGAAACGCUUCAAGUUGUACAAAUGGCUGCCAGGAUGCAUCGUAUGAAACGCAGAAAGGCCAAGCAGAUAUCAAGUACAAGUUCUGAAGAUAGUUCUACAGAUGGAAGUGGUAAUUUUAGACGGCCAUAUAAAGGUCUGCGUAUGGGAACCUUGCGUGAAGACAUGUUUGUGUCUUCUUCUCAUUCAGAUCCAGACAACUAUACAUCAAGUAGUGAACAAUCAUGUGAUACGGCCAUAUUCUUAGGAUCUAGCGGACAGUCUUUAAGUGAUCGUGAUUUUACUGACAAUGAGGGUCCACAUCGAUCUGUGCCUAGAACAAAUCCGCGUCUUCCGCGUCGACCUGGUGGAUCUCGUUCCUCAGGUGAUGAAGGUUCUAUGUCAGAUAGUGGCAGAAGUAUGACAUACUCAGAUCAUCAGCGUCUAAGGCCCAGGAUGGGUGCUUCCCCUAUGCAGCAGAAUCAUUAUCAUGUUAUAGAGUCCCAGUCAGCCCCAUGUUCCCCGCAACGUCAUCCCCAUUAUAGCCAACAUAAGAUUUCUCAGGUAAAAUCCAAACAGUUUCAUCCUCACUAUUUAUCAAGUUUAAUAGAAGCAGAACCACAUCCGGACAGAAGUAGAAAAAUCAGAAGUCAUUCCAGCAAGCAUCAGAAGUCAGUUGGUACAUCUGCUGGUGUAGGUAACAGUGAACAUUGGGUUGAUGGUCCUAUCUAUGCUGAACCAAUGGAAGUUGAUCCGGAAACGAAUUCUCACAAGGUUCAUGAACAUUGGAUAGACGGUCCACAAGUUUUCAAGAAAAGUCCACAAUCUCCCAAACCUGAUUCUUCAACUCGUAAAAAGUUAAAGAAUGUUGUGGUCAGUUCAGAAGAACGAUGGAUUGAUGGACCCCGUGAAAUGAUUUCUAGUGGAAGUAAAUCAACAAAUAAAAAUCAGGCCAUGCAUACAUUAAGUACUGUAAACGAUAACCAAGUACCACCUUCUCCCAGUCCUAAAUUAAAACAUGCUACAACCGGUGAACGAGCUUCAAAACAAGCCAUUAUAAAACAAAUACCCGAUAUUAAAAUACGACCAGAAAGUAGUAUAAGUGUAGAAAGUAAUACUUCAACUCAUGCUGAGGCUGCUACAUCACGGCCUGUCAGUAUUUCUAGUAAUGACGGACAGAUGAAAGAUUGUAUUGAUAUCAGUGAAAAUAUGGUUGUUAAACCAUUUGUUAGAGACUGGGUAGAAAAACAUCAUGAUGUUCCAAGUACCAUUGAAUCUUCAGAUAAUCAUUGGAUGGACAAUAAUGAAAAUACGUCUAGUCACAGGAAAACAAAAUUACACGAUUCUUUACUUAGAAAAUUGCACACGUCUGCCUCAACUGUUCGAGAUUCAACUCAGAAUUCUCCAAUGAGUAGUAGAAAAGCAAAAACUCUCAACCCCCGUUUGCACAAAUCAAAUUUAUCUAAGGAAAAACAUUACACAAAUCGUGUCACCGAGUGGGUGAAAUCUGUGUCAAAUGAAAUGGAACAGAGUAGUGAACUAGAACGCCACGGGUCUGUACCUUGUAAAUUAAAUGUGACUUUUGACAGUGGUGAACCAGAAAUGAAUAUUGUUGAUGCUAGUUAUGAUAGUGUUGAUACAAGUGAGUGUGUUAGUGCUAAAGAUUCUAUUUACGAACACGAUGUGGAAAAGAAGUUGGAAAAUGUGUCAAAUAGUUGGAAAACCCCUGAUAAUUCUGUUGGGGAUUCCGAUUCAAACAUGAAACACAGUGCUGAUGGAGAUUCUUAUACAGAUAUACCGGAAUAUGAUAACAGUUGUUCAGUGUUAGAACCAUGUAGAUUAUUAUUAUUACGUAAACCUGAUGGAGCUUCAAAUCCUAAUUUAUCAAAAGACUUUUUCAGUGAAACUUGUGUAAUUUCCAGUGAGCAUAAUGAAAGUAAUACGACUUGUAAUCAACUUUCAGGAUAUAUUCCCGAAAAAACUACCUCAACUGUCCUGUCUGGUUAUAAACCCGAAAAAGAACUCUUUCCUGGAGUAGGUGCUUAUGAUAAUACUAAUACGAACUCAUCGAUGAAAACUGUUAAAACAAAGCCUUCUCCUGUACACGGUUUGGUUAAAUUAAGUACCGUCCAACUUCCAUCAAGUUUAAAAUCGAGUCAACCCGCAGCUAAAACAUUUAUAGAUAUGUGUAGUUCACCGGAAAGAAAAAAUGUGAAAAAUGUGACUCAAUCUGUUCCUUCGAAGUGCAACGAAAGAGAAGCGAAGGCUGUCAAAUUUAAAAGUGCAUCGAAAAAAACGUGUAAGAAAGUACAUUUAGUAGAACCUCAAUUUAUUCACAGUACUCCGAAAGAAAAUAAAUGUGGGAAAAAGGAAAAAGAAAUGUUAAUCACGCAGCGAAUUGUCAAUGUACAGUUAAGUGAAAAACAUAAUGAUUCGGACAGUGGUAAUGAUAGUGGUAUUGUAGCAGCAGUAGAAAAGAAAUUGUUGUCCCCAUACAGUAAAAUAACUAAACCUCGUACCCCGAGUCAUUCUAGUAGUGGUCAUGGUAGUGAUAAUAGUAGUUCUAUUAGUACCGAGUUACAUUGUCAUCAUGGUAGUAAGUCGGAUAAAAUACACGGUGGUACCAGUAGUGGAUAUGAGAGUAUGUUGAGAGAAUCAGAAGCUAGCUGUUCUGAUACUGAGGAUAUCAAAUUAGCAGCAGAUAAAAAGAAAAAUACUCUUCGAAAAGGUGGUAAAAGAAGUAGAUCCGCACCAAGUCGUGCCAUAGAAGUAGUAACUCUUGAUACUUGUAACCUUAGUCCUAUCAGUAAAAUGAAACCAACUAGCCCUUACCGUGAUUCUCGUCUAGCAGCUAAAUUAAAAGACAGUCAUCUAGAAAUGAAGACAAUGACGGUUAAAGAAGCAGAGAAAUAUCAGAGAAGGAGAUAUGAAGAGGAGCAUUUAAUGAUUGUAGAAGAAGAUGUGAAAACUGAAUCAACUAAGGAUACAAUAUCAUUAGAAAGAUCAUCAGGCUGGAAUUUUAGCUGUAAAUUUUGGAUGUGUUUUUCAUGUAAGAAACCACAAGAUCAGGAAUCUACGGCUGUAUAAAUGACAAUACAAGUGAAUGAUAUAUUCAUUGUCUAAAUAUAAAGUGAUGAAAAUUACCCUUUUUCUGAUCAAAUGAUAUGAAAUGAAACCUGUGAAAAUGAAAAAAAAAUAUGGAUUUGGUAUCUUUUUCUUCCAUCCUCUUGGCUUUGUAAUGUGUCAAAAAACUUUAAAAAGUUGGAAAUAUGUGCAAUAUGUUGAUUUAGUUGAAGUUAGACAUUGUAACUGAUGACUAUAUUUGAUUAUGAUUAAGUCUAUAAUUUUUACAUAUAAUAUAUUUUAUGUAAAACAUCCAGUAACCUAACUAAACUAUAGCAGAUUUUAUUUUUGUAAUCACUGAUUUCAUGGCUAUAUUUGUCUAUUUAAAUGUUCCGGAAUCUCAGUUGUAUCGAUUGUAUAUCUGAUCAAAAUUCAAAAAAAUGUCUUAUAGAAUAAUGUUAUUAUUUGAAUAUCUUUAGAAAUGUUUAUGAAUUAUAAUUUAAUACAAAUGUUUGUUUUUACAUUACAUUGUACUUAUUUAAGAAUUUUAACAUAUAAAUCAAUCAUCUUCCCAUGGUCAAGGUACUGUAAGACAAGAAAUUGAUGUGAACUUAAUGCAAUCUAAAUGAGGUUACAUGUACACAUUGGCUGCGCUUAAAAGAACUCAAGGCAGUUGGAAUUCAAAAUAAGAAAAGGCUGUAGCAUUAAUUUCUUGUUUUACAAUGCAUGUUCACAAUUCACAAGUGUACUACUUUGACAUAGACAUAUCUAGUUACCUUUAUCGAACUGUGUGAGAGUCGAAGGUCUAACUUGUUUUGUUGGAAUUAUUGAUGACAAAUCAAUGUUUUUAAAUUGAUGUCUUAUUGCCAAAAGAUCUUCAGUACUUUUCCUUUGUUUUUGUGUAGUUAAGGUAUAACAUCUCUGCUUCUAUUAUAUCAUGAUGCAUGUAAAAUUGUGAUAUGCAAUUUGAUGCAAAUCAUCAAAAAUCAAGUGGCCACCUGCUGUUUCAUUCUUUUGUCAAGAUCAAUAUGCAUUUUUGUACAAUUAUUUUGUGUAAAUUUUUGUAAUUUUCUAUUUAUAUAUGAAAUAUAUAUAUAUACAAUAUGGUGCUGAAUGUGAGACAAUGUUUUUAUAUUAAAAUAGAAAAAAAAAUUGUAAUUAUUGAUUGUAUUUAGAAAACAUGUAGGAUUACAGAAGUAGAUUUGUAUAUAGAUUUGUUAUGGAGUAUAAUGCUUUUGUUAUUUAUAACUUGGAAAUACUCAUAUUGUUUCAUCUUGCAUUUUGAGGAGAGUCUUCAUUUGCCAUUUGGUACAGAAAAGUAGGACAUUAAAAUCCCAUUUCAUUUCAUUUUGUAUCUUGAGGACAGUGAUGCUAUUAACAUUUUCUAACAAGUAAAUACAGUUUUAUAUAGCAUGACAAACAGAAUAGCAUGUCACAUAGGAUAAUUUUCAUUUACUAGAAAAUGAUAUAUUUGUUCCACCUAAACAUUUUUUUUGAAUUUUAAUGCUUUAAAAAUAAUAACUCUAGAUAUUGUUGUGAAAUAGAUUGUUUGGAUUUUAAUUCCCUAACUUGGUCAAUGUGGAAUGGAUUUUGUUUUAUACAAGGAUGUAAUUUUAAAUUGGUGAUCCUGCUAAUCAUCGACAAUAGUGUUCUUUUGUCAAUAGCACCCUAAGUAUUGCAAAAAGUGUCCGACAAGGAAGGAUUUGGCACCUCAAUCUAGUCUAAUAGUUGUAUCAAUCCAAAGCAUAUACUGAUGAAUAGUUAUUGUUAUAUUGUAGUUAAUGUUUUGAACUAUAAGUAGUUUAAUACUUAUUUAUGAUAGAAUUGUUUGUAGAUAAAUUAGUAUCUAUAUGUAAAACAUCAGUAAGCUGUGUGGUUUUGUAGCCUAGGUUACUGUAUGUAUAUUUGUGUAUUUUGUAUAUUAAUAUGAUCUAUUAUAGUAAUAAAGAAGGGUAUAAUCAGUACAU